CCAAGUCUAAUAAAAAAAAAACUCUAUUCGCGCUGUUAACAGAAGGUGUGCAAUAUAUUUCUAUAACGAUAGUUCGUUGCAAGCGAAUUGGUAAGCCAAUUAAUUAGUCUGAUACGUAACAGUUGCAAGUAUCAUCGAUUUGUAUCAAUCAAUCGAGUUUGUCGAGGGUUACAGUAACGAUAAAACGAGCGAAGCGAAGGUAAAGGAGCACGCGGAAAAUCAGAAGAGGAAUAACAAAAACUGAUACUUUAGUGAGAAGCAAGGAAGCGACGAGAUGCCGAUUGAUUGUUAUUACUUGCCACCAAGUCCACCCUGUCGUACCGUUAUGCUACUCGCAAAGGCUUUGGGCAUCCAUUUUAACAUUAAAAUCAUAAAUGUCUCGAACGGAGAGCAUAUGAAUCCGGAAUUUUUACAGAUAAAUCCGCAGCAUGUGAUACCAACCAUCGACGACAACGGCUUUAUUUUGUGGGAAAGUCGUCCUAUUAUGGCAUAUUUGGUUAACAAAUAUGCGAAAAAUGAUUCUCUCUAUCCGAAAGAUCCAAAACAAAAGGCAAUAGUAGAUCAGAUGAUGUACUUUGACGCUGGUAGUCUCUAUUUUAAUCUUAUCAAAUGUUACAUGCCAGUGGUGCGAGGUCUUUCUUCUUCCGUUAACGAAGCAAAUCUAGAAAAAGUGAAGAAAUCAUUCGAGGUGCUCAAUUCUCUUCUCGAGGGUAAAGAAUUUGCGGCCGGCGAUAACUUGACUAUCGCCGAUUUCACUAUCAGUACAACAAUAUGUACGACACUGUGUUUCGACUUCGACAUUAGCCCUUAUGAUAACAUCGUCGCCUAUUAUGAUCGUUGCAAGGAAAGCUUGGAGAAAUUCGGAUUCGAGGAGGUGCACGCCAUGGGUGUUAAAGUGUUUACCGAGAUGUAUCACGCGAAUUUGCAAGAAUCUAGUUAACGUGGAUAUGGCUAUGGAUAUUUUUGCGCGCUUAAAGUAGAGGAUCGAUAAUACCUCGUUUACCUGAGAUCGAGAUUAGACAUGAAAUCUCAUUGUUACCCUUAUAGAAUUUAAAUUCACUUUUUACCUCCGUUGUUUCUAGCAUUACAGCUUUUUAAAUCAAAUAAUUCGAGUAUUUUGAAAAGAUUGUUCUUACUAUACGCGUACAUAUGUAUAGCUUAAAUUUUUUUUGUAUUUAUAA